GCCUUGCGUUUUACACCGUGGAAGCCAUAUUGGAAUUAUUUGUACAUGGGUUAAUUUGCUUAUUACACCUCGCUUGGUCGGUAAAAUGGUUAAUAAAGCCAUCAAAAGCUCAAUCUCAGGAUUGCUGGUUUUUGCCUUCUGUACAGCAGGCUUCGUGAAAAUUACUGACAAAAUGGCUCCAGAAGUUCACAAGCAAAUGGUAAGAUCUGUGGUUCUUUAAGUCUAAAUUUAGUCUGUAACUUUUCUAGUAGAGCUAGUAAUCGUACGUAGCAUCUGAUUUUGUCUUCUCGCGCCCGAAGAGUUUGCUGUUGUAAUAACAGCAAUCUGUACGUAGGUGAUGAGUUAAUUAAUCUCACGCACAAUCUAAGACGAGGCCUUGCAGUUGUCAGCGGUGGACUGUCAGUAACAAACUGGUGUACUGUUAAUGAUGUAAUAGAUGCCCGGAAUGUUUAUUUAACUGUAGGGUUCCAAGACGAGCGUUAAAUAGAUAGGGGGCGUUUAAAAGGAUUUGCAUCUAUGAGACACUCCGUUUUUUUUCCAAACCCCCCUCCCCCUGUGGAUGAGUGGAUUCCUUCCAUCUCACUUUUAGUGUCAGACCCCUUUAAAAAAAGCUUGCCUACCGGCCUCAUUUUUUGUUGUUUCCUUUGGAAAUAGAUUCCUACUUACUAGUUAUUUACUGAGGAUGCUCAUCCUAGAGAAGGUAGGGGGUCGGAAUAAAAAUGUAACAUCCCUAUUCUCACAACUGUGUAAAACAAACUCAACAAAACUAAUAUGCUUUUGGUGAAAAUAUCAAUGGAGUUAAAAAAAACAAAAUAUCCAAUCCAUCCAUUGAUACAUCUAGGCCAUCUAGAGAUCCAGAUUUCAACCUCGAUGUCAGAAUUCUCAUUCAGGGUCAUUGUGGGCGCUUUCCAUUUAGGAAAAAAACCCGGAAAUUUCGGUGGGAGCAAAAGUGGAAUUUCGGAUCGGUAAAAAGUUGUUCCAUUUGGUCGUAAACCCCAGUACGUCGCGGUGCCCGACCGUGGACCUGGAACUGGUACAAACUACGAGAAACGUAAAUGGAACACGACAUUCCGUUCGGAAAUUCCAACCGGGAAAACGGGCCCACCUUUUUAGCUUUUCCACUUUUUCUGGGAAUUUUCCAGUGGGACGAGCUGACGAAACGUGUUGCAUUUACCGCUGAACCAGAAAUUCCGGAAAUUUUGACUAAUUGGAAAGCGCCCUGUGUUGUCAUCGUUAUCCUAUCCUUUGCUUGCACUAGAAAUGGCUUCCUGUUCACAGAUUUUUUUGCAAGUAGAACAAAAUUUUUUUUCAAAGUGCGAACAAGGCCUAAAUUAACUGAUUUUGCUCCUUUUUUGCUAUUUCCUAGUAUUUUGAAUUAAUUGUCAUGCGGGGGGUGGGGGGCAUCUCUUAGAGAGGGGGCAUUUGUUAAGGAGAGGAAUCUAAUUCACACUGAAAAAAUUUAAAGGGAGGUGUCUAUUAGACAAGAGGCAUUUAUUUGAGAGAGUGCAUCUAUUAGAUCAUUUACAGUACAUCAACAAGCCUUCUCUUUUUAAAGUUUUGCAGUUGUUUAUCACAAUAUUUGUGUUUUGUUCUCAACCCACCAGAAAAGAGAUUUUGUUGACUUGGCAAAAGUUCAUCCCAUGAAGGUGUUGUUUGGUCGAAAUGUGAAUCCAGAACUUCAUCGCAUCAUGAUUGGAUAUGUUGAAGUUUUAUGUGGUCUUUUGCUGUAUGCAGGGCCAAGGUCCCUGAAAUUAGCAAGCACAGUGAUACUGUUAAUUGUCAUGGCUGUAAUGAUGCAAGGUCUAUAUUGGCUUGGAAAGCCUGCCAUCAUGUUUACACCAGCAUCACUUUGCACCAUACUGCUUCUCUGCAAUUUUUUUAACUUGCUGAGCGAGCCAUCAGUGAAGGAAAAUAGGAAAGAGUGAUCUUAAACAAUGGCAUCCUUCCUGCUCUCUGCCACCACCAGCAAAGAUGUGAAAACAUGCAUUCAAGUCACGUGAAUCAAGCAAUAUUGCAUCAUGAUUGAGUGACUUCUGUUUCAUUAAUUUGUCUUAGAAUUUGGCCUGCUUAUUUGCUCAUCUGUGAAUAAUGUCAAAUAAUCCUACAAAUCUAUGUCUAAAGAAUUUCAACCUUCUUUUCAGUAGUACUGUGAUAGGGUCAGUUAACUUAAAAUCAGUGAGAUUCAGUUUGGUAAUAUAAGCACUUUAACCCUUUUAAGACAGUCAGCUAGUAGUGGGAAAAACUGCAUUUUCACUUUUUGGGAAUGGCUUGAAAUAAUUUCUGCAACAAUAGGGACAUCUUUUUAGACUAAUCAGCUGUUAUUAAGUAGGGUUUUUUGUUUUUUGUGCAUGUGCAUAAGCCAAAAUUUGGACUUUUUUACAUGAAUCUAUUUCGAUUUUUCUCUCUUGCUCUCUUUUGUCUCUUUUCCUUUUUUUUAUUCAGUUUCUUGCUCACUUGUCAUCUUUUUUUUUUUGCAUGGAAUUGUGACUGGCUAAUUUUUAAGGAAAGGGACAAAUUUAAUCAACAAAGAGUAGUAUGUAAAUAAUGAGAUUGGCAAUGGAUUAUUUCUGGAUACUCUUUGAGAAGCACUUGAUCCGGGCGACUUUGCCAUGGUAAAUUCCUCCACCCUGCAUCUCCACCCAUUUUUAAAUUCCCCUGGCAGGUUGGCCCUGGGUCCCACCCCUGGGGCAAGCAAAUGACACGUGCAUAAAACUAAAACAACAUUAGACCCAGAAGACUGGCGGUGUUAUAUUUUUCUCCGGCAUAGCGUAUACAUGUGGUCCUCCUCUCCUUGUAGAUUAAAAUCCGAAUUUACUUAAAGGAGCUGAAACGUUAAAAAAUGUGUUGCAAUCCAUGGUUCUUUUUAAUUUCCGGAGGAGAAAAAAGUAAAAGAAUGUCAAAGGCAUUACCUUUGCGUUAACCAGGUUUCUCGGGGGGGCUUUUCAUUACACAAACUGCCCGGGUGGAAAUGUUGUACAUACUGUAAACAUAAAACUACAAGAAAAAUAGACGUAGUGGAAGAA